AUGGCCGCUAAGUCGGAUGGAGCAGCGGUGUCUGUGGAAGAUGACAACACGCCCAAGAGCCUCUCGGAGCCGGGGAACCCCGCCGCCCGGCCCCGCUGCACCGCCGCCGGCGGGAAACCCUACACCCUGCUGGACUGCUGCUGGGUGCUCUGCGCCCUGCUCGUCUUUUUCUCCGACGGCGCGACCGACCUGUGGCUGGCCGCCGACUACUACCUGAGAGGCGACUACUGGUGGUUCGGCUUGACGCUCGUCUUCGUCGUGGUGCCCUCCGCUGUCGUCCAGGUAUUGAGUUUCAGGUGGUUCGUGUAUGACUACUCGGAUCUGAGCGGCGGGGACGGAGCGGCGAGUGGCAGCGGGACCGGCGCGGGAGCGGCAGGCGCGGCAGCCGGAGCAGCCAAGGCGGGCGACAACACUUUAAGCACCAAGGACAGCGACCAGCGAGGUGGGAGCGCGGCGGCGGGGAACGCUGCGAAUGUUACCCCGAUUUACACGUCCUCUGCCCCGCCUGCGACGGCAGUGAGAGUCGCCCCCCCCCAGAGAUGCUGCACCGUCUGCAUGUGGGUCUUUCAAACCGUGCUUCACGUCCUGCAGCUGGGGCAAGUCUGGAGGUAUAUCCACGCCCUCUACCUGGGAGCCCAGAGCCGUUGGCACAGCAACGGGCCCCGCCGCCACUUCCACUGGCGGCUGAUGUUUGAGAGCGCUGACAUCACCAUGCUCCGUCUACUGGAGGCCUUCCUUAAAUCGGCACCACAGCUCGUCCUCCAGCUGAGCAUCAUGAUCCACGGAAACACCGUCCUCCCUCUGCAAGGUCUCUCAGCCUCGGCCUCCCUGGUCUCUCUGGCCUGGAUGAUCGCCUCCUACCAGAAAGUUCUCCGGGACUCCCGCGACGACAAGCUGCCCAUGUCCUACAAGGCCGUGAUCGCCCAGAUGUUGUGGCACUUCUUCACCAUCGGGGCGAGGACUGUGGCCUUUGCCCUCUUCGCCUCCGUCUUCCAGCUCUACUUUGGCAUUUUCAUCGUCAGCCACUGGUGUGUCAUGACUUUCUGGAUCAUCCAAGGUGAGACCGACUUUUGCAUGUCCAAGUGGGAGGAGAUCAUCUACAACAUGGUGGUGGGCAUCAUCUACAUCUUCUGCUGGUUCAAUGUCAAGGAGGGUCCCAGCCGCUUCCGCAUGACCGUCUACUACUCUGUGACGCUGGCUGAGAAUGUGGCACUGACCGCUGCCUGGUACACCUACCGUGGCCCGCACACCUCCGACUCCUACGCCCUGGUCGUGGUGUGCCUGGUGGCCUGCAGCUUUGCCCUGGGAACCUUUUUCAUGUUGGUGUAUUACUGCUGGCUGCACCCUGAUGGGCCAGUUCUGGGCUCACAGUGGGGAGGCUGUGUGGAUGAGGGCGUGGUGGGUGCAGGAGGGGUGGCGGGAGUGAUUGAUGCUUGCCUCACCCCAUCACAAGGGUCCCAAACAGACAUGGUCAUUACCAGCCCUCCGAGAACUCUCCCCAGGACUAAAGACACAGGGGAGCCGGUUCCCGGAGAGAGAGACAGGGACAAGGAGAGAGACAGGGACAGUUGCCUGCCUGUCUUCCAGGUUCGUCCUUCCCCCUCCUCCUCUCCCGCACUCCUCCACAGGACCUCCUCUUCAUCCCGUGCGCAGGAGGGCCCUGUGAUCCGGAUUGACCUCCCAAGAAAGCGAUACCCAGCCUGGGAUGCUCACUUUAUCGAUCGGCGCCUCCGCAAGACCAUCCUGCUUCUGGAGACGUCAUCAGCCGUCAGCCCCCGGAUACAGUACAGGAGUAGCAUGAUGGGCAGCAAAGAGGUAUUAGAAUAUGAAACAACUGUCUAA